CCUCUACAAUUUUAAUCAUUUUAACAAAAAAAAACAUGGGAAAAGGCCACGGUUUGUUGUUAUGUCUGAUUUUGGUUUGUCUUUUAGGUGAAGGCCUAACCAAGGGAGUUCAAGGCCUGGCUUGCAACUGGGGAUUGCAAUCGACUCACCCACUGCCGCCGAGCAUUGCUGUGAAGCUCUUGAAAGACAACGGAUUCAAAAAAGUGAAGCUUUUUGAAGCUGAUCCUGGGGCUCUAUUGGCUCUUGCAAAUUCUGGUAUUCAAGUUAUGGUUGGCAUUCCUAAUGAACUCUUGGCGCCUCUUGCAAGCACCGUCAAUAAUGCUAUCAAUUGGGUUCAACGAAACGUCUCCUCUUAUAUCUCCAAAGGUGUCGAUAUAAGGUAUGUGGCUGUGGCGAAUGAGCCUUUCCUCAAGACCUACAAAGACACUUUUCUGCGUACUACAUUUCCAGCCCUGCAGAAUAUUCAAGCAGCCCUGAUAAAGGCUGGCUUAGGAAAGCAAGUUAAGGUCACCAUUCCACUGAAUGCAGAUGUCUACCAAAGUGAAAGUGGCCUGCCCUCUGCUGGCGACUUUCGAUCCGACAUCCAUGGCUUGAUGAUCUCUAUCAUCAAGUUUCUAAGCGACAAUGGUGGCGUCCUCACCAUCAACAUCUACCCUUUCCUUAGCCUCAAUUCUGACCCCCAUUUCCCCGUUGAAUAUGCCUUUUUCAAUGGCAGCUCUGCCCCUGUUGUUGAUGGCUCCAUAGCUUACACCAAUGUGUUCGAUGCCAACUUCGAUACCCUCAUUUCAGCCCUCGAAAAGAACGGUUUCGCUUCAAUGCCCGUCAUUAUUGGCGAAGUUGGAUGGCCAACCGAUGGUGAUCCCAGUGCCAACAAUGAGUAUGCCCAGAGAUUCAAUCAAGGACUACUCGACCGGAUAAAUUCCGGCCAAGGCACGCCAAAGCGCAGCACCCCACCAGAGGUUUACGUGUUUUCUCUGAUUGAUGAGGAUAAAAAGAGCAUUCAACCCGGAAAUUUUGAGAGGCACUGGGGGAUUUUUUACUUCGAUGGAACCAUAAAGUACCAACUGAAUCUGGGGAGUGGAAAAGGCCUAAUUCCAGCAAAAGGGGUGAAAUAUAUGGCGAGGCAGUGGUGUGUAAUGUCACCUUAUGCAAGCACAUCAGACCCCAAUUUCGAAAACAGCAUCAACUAUGCCUGCACCUACGCAGAUUGCACAAGUCUUGGCUAUGGUUCAUCCUGUGGAAAUCUGGAUGACAGAAGCAAUGCUUCUUAUGCGUUCAACAUGUACUACCAGACGAUGGAUCAAAGAAAAGAUUCAUGUUCAUUCUCCAAUUUAUCAACCAUCACCACCAUCAAUCCUUCGCGAGGCACAUGCCGAUAUGAGAUCAUGAUUGACAUAGGAAAACAUGAGCUGCCUCCAGCUCAUCACGCACCUUCAGCAGCUGGAAGGAAGCAACAGUGCUCGCUGAUUAUGGCUCUCAUAUUAGUUUUGGCAUUGAUUAUUUAACUGCAUUCAUUUAUCAAAAUAAAAUUUUCAUGGUUUUUCUUUACUGUAAAUAAUUUGUGUAAAAGAGUUGAAUACUUAUUUAAG